AACUUAUGUGGUUCAAAUUUUUGUUUUGGCCAAAAACCAAUUCAACCCGAUCUAUAUACACACCCCCAUUCCAGUCAAAAAAAUUGAAUUGCCUCUAUAUUAGAAUUUUCCAAUUACCGCUAAUCAAAAGCGAGAAACCAAAUCACAAAAUCACAGUUUCAUCGCAAAUCCCCCUCCGUCAAACCCACUCCCACCGGCGAAUCCUCCUCCGUCAAACCCACUCUCCUCCUCCGUCAAACCCACUCCCACCGGCGAAUCCACCUCGUCCUCCGUCGCACAACCACUCACCAUCGACGACAAUCCAAUCAGCUUAAAUCGCAAAAUCAGCUUAAUCGAGUAGAGUAGAGUCGAGGAACAGUUCAAUUGUUGAACUCAAUCUGGUAGUGCAGUGAGUGAAAGAGAGAAUCAAGAUUUGAUUCAGAAUGAGUUCAGUAAAGAAACGUGAAUUGAGUGGUGCGAGCAGCAACAAAGAUGAAGAUCAAUUGAUAGUAACACCAUUAGGUGCUGGUAACGAAGUUGGUCGUUCUUGUGUAUACAUGACCUAUAAAGGCAAAACCGUUUUGUUCGAUUGUGGUAUCCACCCCGGCUAUUCCGGCAUGGCGGCGCUGCCUUACUUUGACGAAAUCGAUCCUUCAACAGUCGACGUACUUCUCAUAACUCAUUUCCACUUGGAUCAUGCUGCAUCACUUCCUUAUUUUCUUGAGAAAACCACUUUCAAAGGCCGAGUUUUCAUGACCUACGCAACAAAGGCCAUUUACAAGCUCCUCUUAUCUGAUUAUGUUAAAGUCAGCAAGGUUUCCAUCGAUGAUAUGCUUUACGAUGAACAAGAUAUUAACCGCUCCAUGGAUAAAAUUGAGGUUAUUGAUUUCCACCAAACAGUUGAAGUGAACGGUAUUAGAUUCUGGUGUUACACUGCAGGACAUGUCCUUGGUGCUGCUAUGUUUAUGGUUGACAUUGCAGGUGUUCGAGUGCUAUAUACAGGAGACUAUUCACGUGAGGAAGACCGACAUCUUCGAGCUGCAGAGACCCCACAGUUCUCCCCUGAUGUAUGCAUUAUAGAAUCAACCUAUGGCGUACAACACCAUCAGCCUCGGCACACCCGAGAAAAACGCUUUACUGAUGUUAUUCAUUCAACCAUUUCUCAAGGGGGGCGUGUGUUGAUUCCGGCCUAUGCCCUGGGUCGUGCGCAAGAGCUACUAUUGAUCCUUGAUGAGUAUUGGGCAAAUCAUCCGGAACUCCAUAAUAUACCCAUCUAUUAUGCUUCUCCACUUGCAAAAAAAUGUUUGACUGUUUAUGAGACUUACACUCUUUCGAUGAAUGACAGGAUUCAGAAUGCAAAGUCAAAUCCAUUUGUCUUUAAGCACAUAUCGGCUUUGAGUAGCAUUGAUAUUUUCAAAGAUGUAGGACCGUCUGUUGUGAUGGCAAGCCCCGGUGGACUUCAGAGUGGGUUGUCACGGCAAUUAUUUGAUAUGUGGUGCUCUGACAAGAAAAAUUCUUGUGUUAUACCUGGGUAUGUUGUUGAGGGGACACUGGCUAAAACUAUCCUCAAUGAACCAAAGGAAGUUACUCUGAUGAAUGGACUCUCUGCACCUCUCAACAUGCAGGUGCACUACAUUUCCUUUUCUGCUCAUGCUGACUCUGCUCAAACAAGUGCAUUCUUGGAAGAGCUCAAUCCGCCCAACAUCAUUCUUGUUCACGGGGCAGCUAAUGAGAUGGGAAGGCUCAAACAGAAGCUCAUGACUCAGUUUGCUGACCGUAACACUAAGAUCCUUACUCCAAAAAAUUGUCAAUCUGUCGAAAUGUAUUUCAAUUCACAGAAAAUGGCAAAAUCCAUUGGGAAGCUGGCUGAAAAAACACCGCUAGUGGGUGAAACCGUUAGUGGUUUGCUAGUUAAAAAAGGCUUCACAUAUCAAAUAAUGGCACCAGAUGAUCUCCAUGUCUUCUCACAGCUAUCAACGGUAAACGUCACACAGAGAAUUACCAUCCCUUAUUCAGGCGCCUUUAGUGUCAUACAGCAUAGACUCAAACAAAUAUAUGAGAGCGUGGAGGCGUCAGUCGAUGAAGAAUCUGGAGUUCCAACAUUGGUAGUUCAUGACCGUGUAACAGUAAAGCAUGAGUCUGAUAAGCAUAUCUCAUUGCAUUGGACGUCAGACCCCAUUAGUGACAUGGUAUCGGAUUCAGUUGUUGCUCUAGUUUUAAAUAUCAGCCGCGAUCUCCCAAAAGUAAUGGCUGAAACUGAUGCCGUAAAGAUUGAGGAAGAGAAUGAGAAGAAGACAGAGAAGGUUAUGCAUGCCCUCCUCAAUUCACUGUUUGGAAAUGUGAAGGUUGGAGAAAAUGGGAAGCUGAUAAUUAACAUUGAUGGCAAUGUGGCAGAACUCAACAAAGAAAGUGGUGAAGUUGAGAGUGAAAAUGAAGGCCUUAAAGAAAGAGUGAGAACGGCAUUCCGGCGUAUUCAAAGUUCUGUGAAGCCGAUUCCUCUCUCUGCGCCAUAGUUCUUCUCCCUAUACUAGCUCUCAUACUGCACUAACAUGUACGACAGUCAUCAUAACAUGUAGUUACUCGCCUGUAAGUCUAUAACAUGAACUUUGGCACAACAUUUUCCGCUCCAUUUUUACUUUAUUGGCUGUAGCAUCUGAUGUCCUUUGUAUUGUUGCAUUUUUAGCAUUUUUAUUUUCUUUCAAUUCAGAUAAUUAAAUUUUGGUAGAUACGGAUAUUUUGUUAUCACAAAUUAGUUUUGGUAUACUUUUGGGUGACAGCUUGUCAAACAUAAUUUUGAAUGAACUAUAAAACUAAUAGUUAAAAUUGAGUUUGAAGUGAAGUCAUUUAUUAUUAUAAGUGUUAAAAUUGUAACUUAGUCUUGAAAUAUGUAUAUCACUGCAUAGUCCAAAACUGUCUUCAACUCAUAAUUUGCUAAAACGUGCAAUGCAAAUAAAAUGGAGGAGUUUUCUUACAAAUAUCCAGAGUAUAUAUUUGAUUCCCUAGAUGGUGUUAUGGGAGUGAUAUCUGGAUUGUGAAUAAGACCCUUCAGAGCUGUAUGUUUUGAAUAGAAUGUUCGAGACUGAAAUUAAGAAAUUUUUGUUUUGGAACAGAAUGAUUCUGUAAUUAUUUAUUCCAUCUGAGUUAAUUGUAAACCUUCACAUACUGACCUCUUGACUAGAUAAUAUUUUGUGCCAUAGAUGUUAACUUUUUGUCAAUCUCUCUCUAGUUUUAUCAUGAUAUAGAAUAUGUCAUAAUGUGUAGAAUUAGUUUUUUUAGUUUAUGGAAUUUCAUAUGCCUGUAACUUCUUUGUCCAUGCUUUGUUCUUCCUACAGGUGGGAGAAAAGUGAAAGAGGGAGAGAUGAUAGAACUUGACAGGAGAUGUUAACAAUAUCUUUGUCCAUUAUUUUGUAAUGUCUUGCCAGAUUAGUAAUAUUGAACUAAUGGUUUGAGUGUUUGACAGAUUAUUAGUAAUAGUAAUGGUUUAUACUUUAUAAUACUGGUUUGAUCUGAUUAGUCUAAUAGAUAUUUUGUAAUGUCUGGUUAGAUUAGAUAUUACUAUGUGCUUCAUUUGGUGAUAUCGAAUGCAUAGAAAAGAUAAUGUUGGCUUUGUUGUACUGGGAAGCAUUACAUGACAAAACAAUAUGAUAACAAGAAUGCAUGUUGAUGAUGCAAAA